GGUUAUGAAAUAGCGUCAACUUAGGUUAAAACAAGGAUUUCAACAACACUGGACGCUCAGCUGGUCUUGAGUUGCAGGAAAUUUUGAAGUAUAAAAUGAAUUACAAAAUAAAAAAAAAGAAAGCAAUAAGUCCCAAAAAAUCGAGUGCAAUAACUGAUGGCAAGAAGAAACCUGAAAAGAUCAAAUCCCAACAAAAGUUGAUAAACAAUGUUAUUAUGAAAAAAUUUCUGAAAGUAUAUACCAAAUAUUGUGCAGAUACUAAGUCUGCAGUAUGCCCAUGGAUAAAAAUGGCAACACACAGUUGCAUCAAAGAAAACUCUCUCCUGAAAAAGAUAAUCAUCGAGCAAUCCCUGACCCAACCUCGUGUACUCUUUGAACCCCUCAUUGCUGCAUUAAGAAGUGUCCACUACCAUUAUUUAAACCAUCUCUAUAUUUGGAACUAUCCUAUGUCAUAUGAAAAUACAUGUACCUUGACAUUUUUUAUGAACAAAUAUUAUGAAGGAUUAAAAACUAUAUAUUUAAUUGACAACAUCUUAACUUCUGAAUCUUUACAGAGAUUUAUCAAAUAUCUCCCUGUAUGCACAUCUCUAACUGAAAUUUGCUUAGAUUAUAAUGAUAUGAGUUAUACAGAUUGCAAAUACCUAUCUAGUUGCCUCAGCGACAAUAUUACACUGACAUCAUUGAGUCUAAGUUACUGUAAUUUACCAAAAGAGACUGGUAUUUACCUGGGUAAGAUCCUUGCCAGCACAGCAGUCAGUAGCCUGUAUGUCAAUGGUAAUAACCUCCAGGGAGAUGGUAUAAUGGAGUUGGUUAGAACAUGUGCUAAACAAGCUGAAUAUGACUUUGCUGAGAAAAUGUCGCUCUCUAAAGAGGUGACUGUGAAGCCAACAACUCCAAAAGCUUCACCUGCUAAAAAAGACAAACAGAAGAAAAAAAAAGCUAAAAAGAAAAAACCAACCCCUCUUCCGAAGGCUGGUCCUUGGGUUGUAAAACUUCAUGCAGCAGACAAUGGUUUUCAAUUACAGAAUCCUGGUGGUGGAGCUAAUGUAAUUGACUGUAUGCAGCAUAUCAGAAAGUUGAUAGUCUUUUCGGAAUACUUACGAGAACUAAAUCUCUAUGGUAAUCACAUUGGGAAUCUUGGAAGUCAGAUGUUGUUGGAAUCCCUUCAAGCAAGACAAAAGGCAAAACUGCCUCCCCUAAAGAUGCGCUCUUCAUAUAGAAUACGCCUGCCAAAUAUAUACAUGCCUUUACUGAAACUGAGCACAGGAAAUCCAAACUUAAGGAAAAGGAAAAAAUUAAAAUCCAAAAAGAAAUAGAAAAAUCUGGAUGACCACAGAGGAGCAAACUUCCAUAAUAUAAUGUGCACAGACAUACAAACACACACACACACACACUUGUACCCACAUGUGCACAUUCACACACACACACAUAGAGUAUGGAGAUAUGUAAAUUAAAGUACAUUGUAUGAUUGUUAUUUCUAGUCUUAUUUGUAAGUAAAUAUUCAUUGCCUUUGUAGAAUAGCACUUGGCACGCUAAACCUUAAAUUUCGUAAAUAUACGUUAAUUUCAUUAAUUAGUUUAAAAUGUGUAGGAAUCAUUGAGCCGAAAUACUCUUUGCUGACGAACUUUCAUGAAAAUCUUUUUUUUUUUU